UUAAAAAAAAAAAAGAUAGAGAGAAAAUGGCGAAAUGCAAAGUGCUGAUAGUUGGGGGGACUGGCUAUCUCGGAAAGAGACUGGUGAAAGCAAGUUUACGUGAAGGCCAUGAAACCUUCGUUCUGAGCAGGCGCGAGAUUGGUGUGGACAUAGACAAAGUGGAGAUGUUAAUAUCCUUCAAAAUGCUAGGAGCACACCUCGUCCCCGCCUCAUUCAACGACCACGCCAGCCUUGUAGAAGCUGUUAAGCUCGUCGAUGUUGUCAUCUGCGCCGUUUCCGGGGUCCACAUUCGGAGCCACAGCAUCAUGCUGCAGCUCAACCUUGUUCGAGCAAUCAAGGAGGCUGGAAAUGUCAAGAGGUUUUUGCCAUCGGAAUUCGGAACAGAUCCGGCGAGGAUGGAGAAGGCGACGGAGCCAGGAAAUGUGAUGUUUCAAGACAAAAUGGUGGUGAGGAAAGCCAUUGAAGAAGCUGGGAUUCCGUACACAUAUGUUUCAGCUAACUGUUUCGCGGGCUAUUUUGUUGGAGGUUUGUGUCAGUUUGGUAAAAUCCUUCCAUCAACAGACUCUGUGGUCAUUCACGGAGAUGGCCGUAAAAAAGCAAUAUAUGUAGUUGAAGAUGACGUAGCAAGCUACACCAUAAAGACAAUCGAUGAUCCAAGAACACUCAAUAAGACAUUAUAUAUUAGGCCUCCCAAAAACAUUCUUUCUCAGAGAGAAGUUGUGAGCAUAUGGGAAAAGCUAAUUGGGAAAGAAUUGGACAAGAUUACAAUCUCCAAAGAAGAUUUCUUAGCUUCCAUGAAAGAUCUUGAUUAUGGACAGCAAGUUGGAUUAGGGCAUUACCACGAUGUAUUGUAUGAGGGAUGUCUUACGAAUUUUGAAAUAGGAAGUGAAGGAGAAGAAGCUUCUCAUCUCUACCCUCAUGUCAAUUAUACUGCAGUGGAAGAUUAUCUCAAACGUUAUGUCUAAUUUAUACCCAAAUACAGUGACAUAAAAUAAAUAAAUUAUUACGACAAUUUGUCUUUGAUCUAA